GUCAGGAACACCUGACGACCUCCUCCGCGUUUAUUCGGAGGUUUAAAAUGAAGCGAGCGGACAAAACAAAAGUCACAUCGUCAGCUUUCAACCCGCUUUCAUGCCAGAAGAGACAAAAGUAAACGGGUAACGGACACAACGCCCUACGACGCUGUUUGGAAGCGGUUAACGUCAUGAAAAGUGCCAAGGAUGACGUUGGAGACGUGACGGAGGUGCCGGUUAAUCGAUGUACAGCAGAGGCGCCUCCCUCUGGGAUGUCCAAGAAUGGAUACUUCUUUCAAGAAAUGGAGCAGCGGGAGGUGGAGCAGGAGGAGGGCAGCGAGGGCCGAGAGGAGGGACAGGACUCGCCGAUCGCCUGCGGAGAUGACAUCCACCUCUACGACAACCAGAUCAGCCCCGGGCCAGAAACCGAUGAUUCUGGCUGCGUGCUGCUCAACACGUCAAGGAGGUAUGUGAAGCUGAUGAACUUCGAGGAGGAGAUCCGGGCGCACCGGGACCUGGACGGCUUCCUGGCGCGGGCCAGCAUUCUGCUGGACGAGACGGCCGCGUCCCUGGACGACGUCCUGAAGAGGAUGUUGCACCACGUGGGUCAGGACGGUCACACGUGUGAGCCCGGCUGCAACUUCGAGGAGGUGAUGAGCUUGCUUUUCACAGAUGCGGGCGCUCAGGAAGUCAACGUUCACCUGCUGUCAGAGACGAUCCAGGGCGUCACGGCCACGGCCACCGGCGUCCAGUACCAGCAGUCGUGGCUCUGCAUCCUCUGCAACGUGAAGCAUCUCCAGAGGCGUCACGUGUGCAUCUCGCGCCUGGAGAGGCCGCAGAACUGGGGGGAGAACUGCUGCGAGGUCCGCUAUGUCAUCUUGAUACUGGCCCCGCUCAAAAUGAAAAGCACCAAGACGGCGAUGGAGCUGGGCCGGACGUUCGCCACGCUCUUCUCCGACAUCUCCUUCCGGCAGAAGCUGCUCGAGACCAAGACGCAGGAGGAGUUCAAGGAGGCGUUGGUUUUCCAGAGGCACCAGCUGACGGCGACCAACCAGCAACCCACCGCUCUGGGGAAGGAGACCGACCCCCACAGUCACAAACCGCUCAAGUGUACAGACUUCUUCAGAGCCGGCCGAGGGAUUUACGAGGACCUGUGCCGCAGGCUGCCGUUCUACCCCUCUGACUUCACAGAUGGUAUCGUCGGCAGUAAUAAAACCCUGCUGAAGUACAUGACGACGGCCAUCUUCCUCUACAUCGCCAUCCUUCUCCCCGCCAUCGCGUUCGGCUCCCUCAACGACGAGAGCACGCGCGGCGAGAUCGAUGUUCGGAAGACCAUCAUCGGCCAGAGCAUCGGCGGGGUCAUCUACUCGUUAUUCGCCGGCUCUCCUCUGGUCAUCCCUCUGACCACGGCCCCCCUCGCCAUCUUCAUCAGCGUGAUCCGAGGAAUCUGCGACGACUACAACCUGGACUUCCCGGCCUUCUACGCCUGCAUCGGCCUGUGGAAUUGCUUCUUUCUCAUCCUGGGGGGAAUAUUUAACGUCAGCCUGCUCAUGAAGCUCUUCAAAAGGUCGACAGAGGAAGUCAUCGCUCUGUUCAUUUCCAUCGCGUUUGUGGUGGACGCGGUGAAAGGCACUGCGAAAAUCUUUCACAGAUACUACCACGCCCCGACGUUGGCUAACAGAAGCGUCGACGCCUUCUCUCAGGGUGGAGAUCUGUCGGCGGCAAACAGGAGUGAGUUUGCCGGGGGGCUGGCGCUCAACGUCCUCCCCGAAUCCCUCAUCCAGUGCACUCGAGAGAGACCCGUCCUCUGCCUCCUGCUGAUGCUCGGGACGUUAUGGAUGGGCUACACCCUCUACCAAUUCAAGAGGAGUCCAUUCCUGCAUGCCAAAGUGAGGGAGGUGCUGUCGGACUGCGCCCUGCCGAUCUCAGUGCUCAUGUUCUCCUUCAUCGGCUCCUACCUUUUCAGUGACAUUGCGCUUCCAGUCUUCAAAGUCCACGACCGGCCCAUCUUCAACGUGGCUCCGUUCGAGCGCCUGUCGGCCAUGAACGUGCUCAGCGCCAUGGGCCUCGGGUUCCUGCUCGCCCUGCUCAUCUUCAUCGACCAGAACAUCGUGGUCUCGCUGACCAACGCGCCGGAGAACAGGUUGCUGAAGGGCACGGCGUAUCACUGGGACCUCAUGCUCUCCGGCCUCAUUAACAUACUGAUGUCGGUGCUGGGGUUGCCGUGGAUGCACGCCGCCUUCCCCCACUCCACGCUCCACGUGCGCCAGCUGGCCUUUGUGGAGCAGCGCGUGGAGGGGGGGCACCUCUACGAGACUAUCGUCCAGGUGAAGGAGACGCGUCUCACGUCCCUCGCCGCCAACAUCUUCAUCGGCGUGUCCGUGCUGUUGCUGCCUGUUCCUCUGCAGUGGAUCCCCAAGCCCGUCCUGUACGGCCUCUUCCUCUACAUCGCCCUCACCUCCAUCGACGGGAACCAGAUGUGUGACCGCAUGGCUCUGCUCCUCAAGGAGCAGACGUCCUACCCGCCGACCCACUACAUCCGCAAAGUGCCGCAGAGGAAGAUCCACUACUUCACCUUCCUGCAGAUGAUGCAGCUGCUGGUGCUGUGCACGUUCGGCAUGUACCCGAUACCGUACAUGAAGAUGAUCUUCCCUCUGCUCAUGAUCCUGCUAAUCCCAAUCAGGAUCAACGUGCUUCCUCGUAUCAUUGAGGCCAAAUACUUGGACAUAAUGGACGCGCAACACAUGUAGCUACGGACGGAGACGAGCCGUGGAGCCACAGAGAGACGUGUGGAAUUUAAAAAAGGAAAGAAAAAGAAAAGAAAGAGAGAGAAAAGAGAGUUAGAAAGAAAGGAAUGAGGAUUUUUUUGGGGAGUGAAAAAAGCAUAUUUUUCAAUGCAAAACUGUACGGAAGCAAAAAAAAAAAAAAAGAGUAAGAGGAGAAAUAGCGACUGUUUUGAUUUUUCUAUGUGAUAAGAACAUUCUCACAGGUGAAGCACUGGAAAAAUGGCAAGUUGUGCGAGGACGAGAGCCUUGGGACAUAUUGUCCAUUUGUGGACGGACGGACGGACGGGCGGGCGGCAUCUCUCUGGGGUAAAGUUGUGCUGUGAAACCAGGACCAGGACCAGAACUCCCUGUUGACCCCUGUCAGGUUGUCCAGUGCCAUAUACCUCCAUGUUCUCCUCUCACACCUCUGCUUUCUGUCUCACUCUUUUGCGUCACCCUCACUGCAGUGUGUGUGUGUGUGUGUGUGUGUGCGCGCCUGUGUUUUUAAAGGGAUGGUUUAGGGUUUGUUUUUGUUUUUAUAACCAGUGUCAUACAUACAGCUACCAGCAUUUCUGCUUUAUUUCAACCCUUUUAUGACAGGAAACUGAGGUUUUGUGCCACUUUAGCUUCUUUUCCUCCAACAAUUGUUCACUGUGGGAAAGUAAUUCCCGGUAAUCUGUGUGGUUUGCGUUUCCACCGCACCUCAAAAACGACACCUCGUCGUACGUCCCUUUUUUUUCUUCUUAUAAUAGUUGUUCUUCAAGUUUUUAAGUCAUUUUGGUGGAAACGCACAGAGGUUUUCUCCCAUACCAAAGUCCAUAGAGGAAUCAGUGUUUUCCGCUCGUUGGGGAAACAGGAGUCGCUGAUCUACCGCUGACACGUUUGAUACGCUUCUGUCGCUUUUUGUCAAUCUGAAUAAAGGAUUUCAGUUGCAGAAUUUGGGAAAAUAAUAUGCUAGAACUUGCUGAAAGAGGCAGCAGCGGAUCAACAACUCCAAAAUUGCCGAUUUUCUCAAUGGACUUUGGUGCAGGGGAGUUGGCGGUUUAUAAAGCGACACCAAGUUCAGUUUCCUGUGGUAAAAAAAGCUUCUAACGGUGAGAAAAAGCACCGGAUUUAUUCAGAAAGUGGAGAAAAUCCUGUUUUGUUUCCCUCGUGGCAGCCACGUUAUCACCUGCUUCACGCUACACGAGCCCACUUGACAAAACCUGAACUGUCCCUUUAAAGCACCAGCCAACGCCGUGUACGUGAUCGAAUCUGUGUGUAUCGUACGGCACGAAGAAAAGGUCACAAUUACAAACGUCAUCCAACAUUUUUGCCUAUCACUGUGUUUUUGUGAGUGAAUUUGUAAACGUAACCGUCGAUAACGUCACAUUAAGGUAAAUACUUAAAGCUUUUAUAUUUCUGUCUUUGCGCAGCGUUUGAAAGAAACACACAAAACAACGUUACAUUCCUGCACCUUUCAGACGCACAUGCACGUUAUUCCAGCUGAGGCGAGGGAAAUCUCCGUUAGAGUGGACUAGAAAACACAUUCCUCAUAUGUAUUACAUUUAAUUAUAUAGAACGACAGCACAAGCCAAAACAUACAGUCAAAUCUUUAUUAUGUUCAAAUUAUGAAUAAACUAGAAUAUAUUAAGACAGUAUAUAUCCAAAUAUAUAUAUAUAUAUAUGAGGUGUUGAAUUGAAAUAUAAUUUUUUAUUUAUCACAAUGAAAGUUUUAUCUUUUAAGUAAACAAAAAAAAGGUUAAGAUUUAUUUUGUGUGUUUACCCCCCAAACGAGAGAAUAAUGAGUCAUUCCUCCUCCUUUGCAUUCACACACAGUUUCCUUGUAUUUGAAAUGUGUCAUUAACGUCUUUAAAGUGAUACUUCAGGGUUUGUUUGUUUGUUUGUUUGUUUGUUUGUGUUUUGAAGUGUGGAUACAUGAGGUGCUGACGUAUGAUCGGCACGGACUCAGCUCUUCACCAGGAGCCAGAUUAAGACGCAGAUGAUCUCUCUCACGGCUGAAUCCACUCUCCUGCACCAAAGUCCUUUGAGAAAGUGGUCGUUUUUAGCCGGUGCGGACGCAGGAGUUGCUGGUCUGCUGCUGCUUUAUUUGUCAAGUCAAACAUUUCACACACAGAAGUGACAAAAAGAACACAUUUGAACUUGAUAAUGAGGCAGCAGUGGAUCAGUGGAUCGACAACUCAUCACGUACUGUGAUGUAAAAUCGCUGCUUUUCUCUAUGGACUUUGGUGCAGGAAAGUGAGCAGUUUACCAAAAAAACCUACGUUUACAGUCAGAAAAAAAUCUUAUAUUCUUAACAUAUUUAUAUUUAUAUUGGUUUAUGACCAAAACUGGACUUUAAAAUACACGUUAGUCCGACUUAAUGGAGGUUCUCAAAGUCAGACUAACACACCGCACAUUACUCGAUUGGGAGUUGAGCUACUUCCGCAUCGCAAGUGACCGAAAACGCCGGUACAACACAUUUUUAGACUCGUUAGCUUUGUCCGGGCUAACGCUGUAACCGAUUUUAUGCUCUGUGAUAUUUUUUUUAAGGCAAAGACUGCUUGAAAA